GCCUGUCUGUCUCUCUGCCUGUGUCCCUGUCUUCCCUCCUGUCUGUCUGCUCAUCAUGUCUGUGGCUCCUUGUUUCCGGUUCGUUAGUGGAUCCAGGAAACGAGAUUUAACGAGCUUAACGAGAUUUUGCUGAGAGCGGUUGCCCUGUGUGUGUGUGUGUGUGUGUGUGUGUGUGUGUGUGUGUGUGUUUUCUUUGCUUGUCCUCUCUUUGAUUGUUAAUUAUUCAUCCGUCGCUCCGUCAGUCUUUAUGUAACGACGUGAGAGACAGACAGGCAGCCAGGGGAGAGAGAGAGACACGCUGAGAGAGAGAGCAGCAGAAGAAGAAGAAGCAGCACAAACAGGAAGUGAGGUGUGCGCAGACAGGAAGCAGGAAGUGAUGUUUGUGUCGGUGUGGUACGCCAAGAAGAUGGGCCGCCGAUUCAUCAACAACGUGAGGAGAGCCAAGAGACACAGGCAGAGGAUGAUGAUGAACGGAUCAGAAGGAGAGCUGGAAUAUGAAGAGAUCACACUGGAGAGGGGGAACUCUGGCCUUGGCUUCAGUAUCGCAGGCGGGACAGAUAACCCUCACAUCGGAGACGACCCGUCCAUCUUCAUCACCAAGAUCAUCCCAGGAGGAGCCGCCGCCCAGGACGGCCGCCUGAGGGUGAACGACAGCAUUGUAUUGGUUAACGACGUGGACGUGCGUGAGGUCACGCACUCGGUUGCCGUGGAGGCACUGAAGGAGGCGGGGCCUGUCGUCAGGCUGUACGUGCUGCGGCGACGCCCACCGAGCGAACGCAUCACCCAGAUCAAACUGCUGAAGGGCCCUAAAGGUCUGGGCUUCAGCAUCGCGGGCGGCGUGGGGAACCAGCACGUCCCCGGAGACAACAGCAUCUACGUCACCAAGAUCAUCGAGGGCGGGGCGGCACACCGUGACGGACGGCUACAGAUAGGAGACAAAAUACUGGCUGUGAACAGUGUGUGUCUGGAGGACGUUCUCCAUGAAGACGCCGUGGCGGCGCUAAAGAACACAGCGGAGGUGGUUUACCUGAAAGUGGCCACGCCCACCUCGCUGUACACACACCCUGCGGACCGCUACAGCCCCCCCGACCUGACCAGCUCCUACAUGGAGCCUGACUACCUGUCUGAUUACCCACAAGCCCUGCCUCCACCGUCGCCACGACGAUAUUCGCCGAUCUCCCGUGGCAUGAUGGGAGAGGACGACUACUCCAGGGAGCCCCGCAGGGUGUGUGUGCAGCGCGGGGCGACGGGUCUGGGCUUCAACAUUGUGGGUGGUGAGGACGGAGAGGGAAUCUUCAUCUCCUUCAUCCUCGCAGGAGGACCAGCAGACCUGAGCGGGGAGCUGAGGAAGGGAGACCAGAUCCUCAGCGUGAACGGUGUGGAUCUCAGACAUGCGACACACGAGCAGGCCGCCGCAGCGCUGAAGAACGCAGGACAGACUGUUACCAUAGUAACACAGUACAGACCUGAGGAGUACAGUCGCUUCGAAGCGAAGAUCCACGACCUGCGGGAGCAGAUGAUGAACAGCUCCUCUGGAAGCCUGAGAGCCAACAGGACCUUCUACGUCAGGGCUCUGUUUGACUACGAUAAGCAGUGGGACUGCGGCGUCCUAUCACAGGCCCUGGACUUUAACUUUGGGGAGGUCCUUCACGUGAUUGACAGCUCAGACGACGAGUGGUGGCAGGCGAGACGCCUGAACCAGCAGGGAGAGAUGGAGGAGCUGGGCUACAUCCCCUCUAAACACAGAGUGGAGAGGAAGGAGUGGUCACGACUGAAAAACAAAGGCAGAGAAGGUUUUGUUCAGAGCUACGAGCUCGUCACUCAGAUUGAAGUGGAUUACGCUCGUCCCAUCAUCAUCCUGGGCCCGACUAAGGACAGGGUGAAUGAUGAUCUUCUGUCUGAGUUUCCAGACAAGUUUGGCUCCUGUGUCCCUCAUACGACUCGCCCCCAGAGGGAGUAUGAGGUCGAUGGGCGGGACUAUCACUUUGUGUCGUCACGGGAACAGAUGGAGAGGGACAUCCAAUCACAUCGCUUCAUCGAGGCGGGCCAGUACAACAACCACCUGUACGGGACGUCAGUGCAGAGUGUGAGACAGGUGGCCGAGCAGCAGGGGAAACACUGCAUCCUGGACGUGUCGGCGAAUGCCGUGCGGCGGUUGCAGGCGGCGCAGCUCCACCCCAUCGCCAUCUUCAUCCGCCCUCGCUCCCUGGAGAACAUCCUGGAUCUGAACAAGCGUCUGUCGGAGGAGCAGGCCAGGAAAGCUCUGGACCGAGCCAUCAAGCUGGAACAGGACUUCCUCGAGUGUUUCACAGCCAUCGUGCAGGGCGACAGCUUCGAGGAGGUCUACCACCUGGUCAAAACCGUCAUCGAGGAGCAGAGCGGCCCCUACAUCUGGGUCCCCGCCCGCGAGAGACUCUGAUUGGCCGACGGGAGCGGCCGGCCUCGCCGU